AUGAGCGGUUUUGAUCUACGGUCCAGUCUGUCGUCUUAUGGCGAUCCGAGGCACUUUUCCGGCGCCUCCUUUGGCGCUCCGCAACCACCCCCGACGAAGGUUCUCAUGGACGGAUAUCACGGCGCCCCAAAGCUGACGAAUGUGGAAACCCCGCGGUACAAUCCAGUAGACAGCGCGCACUACGAGGUCCUGUCGCUAGAGGAAGUUGAAGGGCUGAAGAAAGAAUUCAAGUUCCUUUCAGGUCGCUUGGAGGCGGCCAAACGGAAACUAGCUUUGGAGGCGAAACUGCGCGAUGCAGCCAUGUCCCUCAGCCGGCUAUAUAACUCUAAGAGUCCCAGAUCGAGCGAGGAAUAUGAUAUGGGAGACUCCCCGAAAUCAAACCGGAGUCGCAGGAGCAUAUUUGGCCACGACGGCGGUUCUAGUACGCUCGACAAGACGGACGCUGAGCUAGCUGUGAGCACGCGGAAAUGCGAGGAGCUCUCGCAGGAGGUCUGGAACCUAGAGAGUCGGGUUCAGCUGGUUCAACGACGAUUACUGGAGCAUACUGCUGGUGUUUUACAGAUGACGCAUAAGGGGUUGAAGAAAUAUCCGAAGAACAAUGUUCCUCAUACGCCUGAGAGCCUUUCCAGCCAUAACCCCCGUGGUAGCAUAGAUGAAUUUGACGACAGAAGCCUAUACAAAACAUCGGAUCAUCUCAAUGAACUCAGUGAGCAUGGGCCUCAAGGGUCGAGUACUUUGACUCUUUUAAGUCAGCAGGCAGCUGGCCUCAAUGCGAUCCAAAAUACAGAGAAAAGACUAGAGCUGUUAAGCGGACGAAUACGCGACAUGAUUUUACAAAUCAAUCCCGACAAUGACUUUGCUCCUGUUCCACAAUCUUUGGAGACGGGUGAUGCAAUCAACCAUACGGCAACUGUGGAAGCCUACAUAGCAUAUAUUGAAAACGGUCUAGGCGCCCUCAUGGCUCACCCCAGUAGCACUUCUGGCACUAGAAGUACGGAUCAUGUAACCGACAAGCAGCUAGGGGAGGUCAACGAUCGACUAUAUCAUAUCGUGAACGAGAUAGGCUUGCCACGCUCGCGGACACUUCCACCGCCUCCUGGAGCAUCUAGCGGGAACCUGCAGGAGCACCUCUCGUACCUGAACGAGGGCAUCGAUGGCCUUCAUGAGCGGCUGGGAGGCCUCCUUGAGCAAAAGAGUAUUCUUACCACUCAAAUUCAACAACAGCGGGAAUUAAACUCCAAGUCGGAUGCGGAAAGGGAUGCGCAUAUCGCCGACUUGAUCGAGAAGCUAGCCCAUGCACGGAAAGAGCUCGAGUUGGCUGAGCGUGAAGGGGAGCAGUCCAAAGAUCAGCUGAACCUAACGAUGGAACAUUUGGAAGCUGCGCAUCGGGAACUAUCAGAUCAUCAGCUUCGAGCUAUCCCAGAGGACAACUCGGAGGCUAUUAAAUCUGAAAAAGAAGCUCGCGCGCGGGCAGAAGCCGACGUGUCCCGUCUACAGACCACUGUGCAAGAGCUCCAACACGAGAAGGAAGCCCUCGCUGAAGCUCAUGAAGCACGUCUUCGUGCUGACGUCGAGAUUACCCGCCUGCAAGCCGUUGUGCAAGAGCACCAGCGAGAGAAAGAUGCUCACAGCGAAACUCAAGAAGCACGCCUUCGCGCGGAAAGUGAAAUUGCGCGUUUACAAACUGUCGUGCAGGAGCUCCAGCACGAGAAAGACUCUUACGCUGAAGUCCACGAAGCGCGCCUUCGUGCGGAGGCCGAAAUUGCUCGCUUGCAGCCCACCAUUCUAGACCAUCAACGCGAGAAAGACGCUCACGCCGAAACCCAUGAAGCACGCCUCCGCGCCGAAGCUGAAAUAACCCGUUUGCAGAGUGUCAUGCAAGACCUACAACACGAGAAAGAGGGCCAAACCAAGGCACAUGAGGCACGGCUCUUCGCCGAGAGUGAAGUUGCCCGCUUGGAAGCCGAACUCGAGCAGGUUCGAUCCGAGACCAACGGCCAUACAGAACAACUUUCUGCGGUUCGCUCUCAGGCAGAUGGGGAGAUUGCGCGCUUACAAGAGGCGAUCGAUCAACUUCGCAAGGAGGCUGAUACAAGGGCAGAGGAGGCUAAGGAGGCUGAUACAAGGGCAGAGGAGGCUAAGGAGUCACGCGAACAAGCAGAAAAGCAGAUUUCUAAUCUGAAAGCGAGCAUUCAGCAGAUUCGUAUUGACGCUGACGCUCGCCUAAAGGAAGCCACGGACUCGCGCAGACAAGCCGAAAGUGAAAUUGCUCAGCUGCAGGCUCUAAUAGAUCAAAUACGUUCCGAUGUGGAGUCUCAGCUCAGUGAGGCAAGCAAAGGUCGAACACAAGCUGAAGAGAGAGCGGCGCGCUUACAGGCGGAAUUAACCGAGCUCGAAGGCGAAGUUGUAAGGGUUCGAACUGAACUUACAAUGGCUCAGGCUGAGCUCGAUGGCGCUUACGGUAGCCGAUCUCAACGGGCAGCCGCUGUCGAUCCUGCCCUUCAAAAGGAACUCGAGGUGUUGACCACUCGGAACAUCGAGCUAGCAACGGAGCUUGCCACUUUCAAGGCUGGCAAGCCUGCAAAUAGCGAUGCGCAGCGACGAGUUGAGACGCUGGAGAGGGAGCUGCGCGAGACGAUUGACGACUACGAAGUCAUGACUAAGGCUAGCAUUGAGUUUGAGAGAGAGCGCGAGAAGUUUGAGAGCCUCAUUGACGGGCUUCGGGAUCACUGCGAGCAACUGGAGACGCAACUGAAUGAGGAGCGGAUCACCUGGAUGGGCAUGCAAACAGCGUCCAUGGGGCGAGAUGGAACCACAUAUGAGACCACAUCAACUAUGGUCCUUAAGAACGAAUUCAAGAAGAUGAUGCGAGACACGCGGGCUGAAAAUAUGAAGAUUCUGAAGGCGGAACAGGAGGAACGUCGGAGACUAGAGGCUUUGCUCAGGAAUGUCAAAAAGGAGCAGGCAAGCAAAGCCAGUCCAAACCAGACAGUCGCGGCUUUAUGA